CCAGGGGCGGGGAAACCUCGGCAGGGGGCGGCAUCUGAGCACCAGAGGGCAGGGAUUUCACCGAAAUGAAAGUGGAAGCAUACAGCCUGCGAGCAAAACCAUUUCGGGUCCUGCUGGGCUGGGAGAGACCAAAGCCCUUCAGAAGGUACAAACAGGAGUUCAGCUGUGGUGGAUUCUGCCGCUGUGCCCAGCUCUGAAGCCUCAGCUCUUGCCAAACAGACCGGAGACCCAUGUCAGCCCCGCGGGAUGGCCAGGCGCUCCAUGCCCUUCUGGAAGAGCAGGCCAGACUCAAGAUGAGACUGCAGGAGCUGCAGCAGCAGAGAAAGGAGCUCGGGGACUCCCCCAAAGACAAGGUCUUAUUUUCAGUGCCGAGGAUCCCCUUGGUAUUCCGAGGACACACCCAACAGGACAGGGAAAUGCCUAAGUCUUUAGUUUCCAAUUUGAGGAUCCACUGCCCUCUGCCUGCAGGUUCUGCUCUGGUCACCUUCGAUGACCCCAAAGUGGCUGAGCAGGUGCUGCAACAAAAGGAGCACACGAUCGACAUGGAGGAGUGCCGGCUGCGGGUGCAGGUCCAGCCCUUGGAGCUGCCGAUGGUCACCACCAUCCAGGUGUCCAGCCAGAUGAGGAGCCAGAGGGUGUUGGUCAGUGGAUUUCCUGCCAGCCUCAGUCUGAGUGAGGAGGAGCUGCUGGACAAGCUGGAGAUCUUCUUUGGCAAGACUAAGAAUGGGGGUGGCGAUGUGGAGGUCCGGGAGCUGCUGCAAGGGAGUGUCAUGCUGGGCUUUGCUAAGGAAGGAGUGGCCCAGCGCCUGUGCCAGAUUGGCCAAUUCAGAGUGCCACUGGGUGGGCAGGAGGUCCCUCUGAGAGUCUCUCCCUGCAUGAAUGGGGAGAUCCAGAAGGCUGAGGUACAAGGCCACCUUCUUCCAGAUGAAGUAGCAGCAGAAGCAGCAAAGUAGUCAUGGUAAUAAUAAUAAUAAUAAUAACCUCAUCACCAGUAACAAAAACAACUCACCUUUGGCCGGGCACGGUGGCUCACACCUGUAAUCCCAGCACUUUGGGAGGGUGGGGCGGGUGAAUAAUGAGGUCAGGAGUUUGAGACCACCAGCCUGACCAACAUGGUGAAACCUCAUCUCUACUAAAAAGACAAAAAUUAGCCAGGCAUGGUGGUGCACACCUGUAAUCCCAGGAGGCCGAAGCAGGAGAAUUGGAGACGGAGGUUGCAGUGAGCUGAGAUCGUGCACUGCACUCAAGCCUGGGCGACAGAGCAAGACUCCGAAUUUAAAAAAAGGAAAAAAACAACUCACCUUUACUAAGUGCUGACUGACGGCCAAGCCUGAUUUCAAGUGCUUUAUAUAAAACGCUCAAUUAAUCCUUGCAUCACCUCUUUGAGGUAGAUACUAUCCUUAUCACCUUUUUACAGAGCUUACAUGUCACUAUUGUGUAAGAUCCCCGAAUGCAAGAAGCUUACAGUUAGGGCAGCCCGAAGUAUUGUGGAAGAGAUCAAACUGCUGUGGUUACAAAAGUGGUCUCCAUUGUUUACUGACUGUGUAACUUUGAAUGAAUAAAAAUUACUUAAUCUUUUUGA